AUGGGUAGGGGUAAGUUGAUCCUAGUUGAAGGUCUAGAUAGAACUGGUAAAACAACUCAAACAACACUCUUGCUGAAAAAACUAUCUUCACAAGAUGCAAAAUUAAUUAAAUUCCCAGAUAGAACCACACCAAUCGGAAAAUUAAUUGAUAACUAUUUAACCGAUAAAGAAUUCCAUCUACCUGACCAGGCUGUCCAUUUAUUAUUCUCUGCUAAUAGAUGGGAAGUUGCUGAUUCCAUUAAACAAUUACUUUUAGAAGGAAAAAUUGUCAUCUUGGAUCGUUAUGUUUAUUCCGGUAUUGCCUAUUCUGCAGCUAAGAACAUACCAGGAAUGGAUUUAAAAUGGUGCUUGCAACCAGAUAAAGGUCUGUUGAAACCAGAUUUAACUAUCUUUUUAACGAACGAUAAUGAUAACGAUGAUAAAAAGGGAUUUGGUGAAGAACGAUAUGAAAAUGUUCAAUUCCAAAAAGAAGUGAAAAAUCAGUUUAUUAAAGUAUUUUCCGAAUUAGAUUCAAUAGACAAAGAGUCAGAGACUUUGAAAAUUGUUAAUGUUACGAAUAAAUCAAUCAUUCAAGUUGAAGAGGAGAUUUGGUCGUUUGUUCAACCGGUCGUCUUGAAUGAGAAUUGCCAUAGUGAUACAUUCUCGUAUUUCUAA